UAUAUAGAGAAGUGGGAUACAUGUUGGUUACUUACACUGAAUCGAGAGACCGACGCAGAAGCGAUCUCAGACAUGUUUUGUGCACUGAUGCUCGUUGCUCUUGGUAGCUUUGCACUUGUCGAAGGUUCUGUGCAGUAUCCGAAACUUACUUCUUGUUCAGACGGCGAUAAAAUCACCAUCAGCGACAUGGCUAUUCAGGACGCACAAAUUGGGAAAAAGAUGCUUGCGAACUUCACGCUAAUCGUAAAAGAGCCUUUGGAGUCGAACCCCACGUUGAAAGUCACCAUAACGACCGCCGAGGGUGAAGAAGUUGGGUGCUACGAUUCCGUUGGAUCAUGCUCUUACAAAAUGUGCGAUGGAACAUCGACGGUGGAACAGUUAUUGGGACAGGAGUGGGACAAUGCUUGCCCGGUUCCAAAGAUAACGUCACCGAUAAGCGUUCAAGUGCCUUUGCCGAGCGCCGUUCAAGUACUGAUCGGAACGGCCCCAACGACAGUGAACUUUGCACUUGACGUUAUUGACGGAGGUUCAUCUGCGGGUUGCGAGAAAUUCGAUGUUGAAAUAAAAGCCGAAGAGGAAGGCGGCGACGACGAGUGAAGAAAGCUGCCCAAAUCCGUGAAGUGGGAUUGUCACGUGGUGAAGUAAAGUGACAUCCAAUGAUUACCAAAUGGAACGUUGAAAAUGUCUGGAUGAGCCCUUUAUUUAAUUUUCAAUUGAUUGACAAUACCUCACAGAUUUAUUGUUUGGGAACGUUACACGAGGGUAGGGUCACAAAUAAC